GUCCUGUGUUGCCCCCAGACCCCUGCCCUUGUGUUUCAGGGCUUGCACAGCUUGUUUUAGGGUGGGAAGGUUUCCCACCUUUUCUCCUUGGAACUAGGAAGCCCUUUUUUUCCCCCUAUCUCCAACAAAAUUCCAGGGCUUGCUUUUUUCCACAUUUUCCAUGAAAAAAAAUGCAGUCGCGAAUUGAGUCGGUCCUGUGUUUUGAUGCAUCUCACAUUUUACUUCAGCCUCCGGACAUCGCAUCCAAGUUUAGAAAAGAUGCCAAAGACUGCAAAAGUCACCCCUAAAGACCGUGUUGCUCAGUUUGGCAAGGAUAAAUUUCACACUGAUGGUACUGUGCUGUUCUGCACUGCAUGCAACAAAGCUGUAGAUCAUGUUCGAAAGCAGACAAUUGUAGAACACAUGGAAAGCGCUAAGCAUAAACAUAAUGAAAAGAGACGAAGAGAAGAUGCUGAAACAGCAGGGCCAUCAACAGUAAAGAAACAAUGUACUGACACUGCAGCAUUCCCGCAUUCCUCAGUUGCCAAAGACCACCGUGACACCGUCACUUUGGAUUUUGUUCGAAUGUGUUUACAAGCAGACCUUCCUCUGCAAAAAAUGGAUUUACCUGUUGUCAGGGAUUUUUUGAACAAACACGUCGAGGGAGGCAGUGCCAUUCCCAAGUUAGAUCAGUUGUAUUCCCACCUACCACCUCUUUUUGAAGAGGAAAAACAGCGUCUUAUUAAUGACUUCGAGGGAAACUUCAUUGCUGUGGUCACCAAUGAAACAAUCGACUUUGAAAAUAAACCAGUUUUCAACAUUUUAUUUCAGGUGCUCAGGGUACGCCCUCCUAGGCAUGCGGACAUUCCUGCACCACAGCUGGUAAAGACCGUGUACCUGGGGAAUGUUGAUCAUGCCACCAUUUCACAAGCCUUGAUUUCUUGUAUGGUGGAAUUCAGCAUCCCACUUGAGCGAAUACUAGCAUUUGUUACAGACGGUGCAAGCUACAUGGCAAAUGCUUGGAACGCUGUGCUUUGCAAUCUGUGGUCAAACUGUGUACAUAUUCGUUGCUAUGCACAUGUAGUUGCUUUAGCAGGAAAUACUUGGCGAGAUACCUUCAAGCAAGUGGAUCGCUUUGUUGCUUUGAUGAAGACACUUUUAGGGAAAGCUCCAGCUCGUCGUGCACGGUUCUUGAGAUACCUGAAGGAACAGAGUGUUGAUUCACCAACACUUCCACCCGAACCAGUUGUGACCAGGUGGAAUACAUGGUUCAAUUGUGUAAAGUACCAUGCACAGCACUACAAGUUCUACCAUGGGUUUGUAGAGCAUGAACGAACAGAACAAGGGGAUACAUCUGUUCUGCGGGAACUAGCUAGCUUGUUAGUGGUAGAAGACCUACACACUGACCUUAAGUAUAUCGCAGAGAACUGUGGACGUCUGGUGACAGCACUGGACAUUUUACAGUCUCAAAAACGCCAAAUACACAAAGUGUACAACACUGUCCUAGAUUUAAUUUCAUGGCUGGAGCAUCUUGCAUCAUCAGCUGAUAAUGGGAAAGGGUCCACAGCUGCUCAAAGUGCUGCUGAUAAACUCAGACAAUACAACGUAAAAAAUAAACAGCCAGCAAUUGAUUUUCUCCGCGCUGUUCGUGCACUGGAUCCUAAACAAAUUGGUGCUGUUUAUACAGAUUAUGAAACUGUGAAACAGGCAUUAAAGCUGCCCAAUGAAUGCAACAUGGAAUGGCCAGUGUAUUUAGGGAUUGUCAAAGAUGGGUUUGCAGACGUUGAGGAUCCCAUUCAGUUCUGGAUGGCUGUUGAAGAUCGCAUUCCCAACCUGGCAAAAUAUGCAAUGGUUCUUCUCCAACUGACUGUAAAUUCAUCUGAUGUGGAAGGAAGUUUCAGCAAAUUUGGGGUUCUUUUCAGUGCUCAGCACCAAUGCCCAAGGCCAGCCAGUAGGUAAGUGCCAAGAACAGAACCAAGGUCUCAGUUUUAGUCCUGUACAGUACUCUUAUCUACCAGCCUACUCUGUGAAGCAGCAAUACCAUCAGUGUUUUUGGCAAGCCUUGUAGCACCUCUGAAUAAAGGUCCUUUGAACUCUUAGGCAAGUUGAAGGAAAUGCCCAUGUUAAUAAUAACCAACUGAGGUAAAACAACUUAAAUAUUAAUGACUGGAGGAAUUCUUACCGUAUGUUAAGAUACUUCUGUGGUUUUACAAAAUCUUGCUCACUUUUGGCACUCAGAACAAACUGGAUAAUUUUUUUCAGUACACGUAUUUGAAUAUGUGGAUUAUUCUCAGUUUAACUGUGGUACACAAUUAUUAAGGUUUUGUUUUGAAUAAUGAUUUGCAUGCCUAAUUAUACUAUGUGUAGAAAAAUAGGUUGUUUACAAACCUUAUUGUCCCACUGGAAAUAAGACCAGGAGUUUUAAACUUAGGGCCUCGCUAUUAACUUUCCCAAAAAUGCUUCUUGCUACAUUAACAAAGUUGGCGAGACGUGGAAUUUGUGUUUCAAUAUGUGAAUGAGAGAAGAUGGUUGAGAAUUGGAGGCUUAGUGUAUUGGUCAUGGACAAAUAGACAAGAUUUCCUCCUUAAUUAAGGGAAAAGACAACCAGCAUUGAAAGUAAACUAGGUAUUAAAGGAUUAUUUAAAAAUAGGAGCUAGGACUAAGAUAGCAGCUGCUGAGAAAUAGCCAUGCUACACAGUAAGACUGUUAGGUUCAUUAGAAUCAUGAGUGAAUCUACUUCCAGAUAGAAAGAUAAAAGGUACACAAAAUAAUGCAAAUGAGAACUGAACCCUCUGACUAAAGAAUCAUAAAUGGAAAAGUUGGGGGAUGCAGGAAACCGAUUUCAGAGACACUGGAAAUAAGCAAAAAUGCCACAAUUUCUGGCUCUAAUUCCUGAGAUGCUAUACAAAACUUGUAGACAGACUACAUAAUACAGGAAAAA